AUGCAAGUGAAAGUACAUUUCGAGUGCAUUUUGCAGAGUGGCACAGAGGAUCAACAGUUGAGAGUGUUGUGCAGAUACGUGAAUGAGGCGGCGAUUUGUCUCGAGGAGGAGGUGAUUCAGUCACCGACGGCCGGUGAUAUCGCAUCGAUAUUCGGCAUCGGAUUUCCGCCAUUCUGGGGUGGUCCGUUCCGUUUCGUCGAUCUGUACGGUCCAGAAAAGUUGGUCAAUAAUAUGUCACGUUAUGCAGACGCAUAUGGCGAAGAGCAAUUCCGUCCUGCACAAAUCCUCAUUGAUCAUGCAAAGAGUGGCAAGAAGUUCUAUAGAAUUUAA